AUGGGUUCCCAUAUGCCGACUUCUCCGCGUUCACCUCAUUCCACCCAUUCACCACACUCGCCACAGGCAAGUGAAAGUAGCCUAUAUGACCACAAUGUUCCUCGUGAUCAUGGCUACGGCUACGAAGAAAAGAACGAACAGGCAGAGAGCCAGCAAUCCCUCCUCUACCGCAACCAGCCGAGUCCCUUCAAUGCCCCCUUUGACGACCCCUAUGCCUCGACUGACUCCCUCCGACGCUAUACCCUCCAUGAUACGGGCGCCAACGUAACCGCUUUCCCCGAUGGCCCAUACCAGCAGGAAAGUGCAUACCAGCAGGAAGGUUCAUACCAAGAAGGUUCGACGACUGGGUACAGCCGCCACUCGGCCGUUCAAUCCCCCAUGUCCGAGACGCCGUCAGAGGCAUGGCAACAACGCCAGGCUCCUGGUGGCGGUCUGCGCCGUUAUGCCACUCGAAAGAUCAAGCUGGUGCAGGGCUCCGUGCUGAGCGUGGACUACCCAGUGCCCAGUGCGAUUCAAAAUGCCAUCCAGAAGGAGUACCGGGAAUCUGAGGAGGGAUUCCCCGAGGAGUUCUCACAUCUCCGAUACACCGCUGCCACCUGCGAUCCCGACGAGUUCACGCUGCGAAACGGAUACAAUCUGCGACCUGCCAUGUACAACCGACACACGGAGCUGCUGAUUGCCAUCACCUACUACAACGAAGACAAGGUCCUCACAGCCCGCACACUGCAUGGUGUUAUGCAAAAUAUCCGUGAAAUUGUGACGUUGAAGAAGUCGGAAUUCUGGAACAAGGGUGGCCCGGCCUGGCAGAAAAUUGUUGUCACCUUGGUGUUUGACGGUAUCGAUCCUUGCGACAAGAACACCCUAGAUUUGCUGGCCACGGUUGGUAUCUACCAGGAUGGCAUCAUGAAGCGGUCCGUGGACGGACGUGAAACAAUUGCCCACAUCUUCGAAUAUACCACUCAACUCUCGGUCACUGCGAACCAGCAAUUGAUCCGUCCCCAGGGUAACGAAUCAACCAACCUUCCCCCAGUCCAGAUGAUUUUCUGCCUGAAGCAAAAGAACAGCAAGAAGAUUAACUCCCAUCGUUGGCUGUUCAACGGCUUUUGUCGUAUCCUCAACCCUGAGGUAGUGAUUCUCCUUGAUGCCGGUACCAAGCCUGGUAAGAAGUCACUUCUCGCUCUAUGGGAGUCGUUUUACAAUGACAAGAAUCUGGGUGGUUCCUGUGGUGAAAUUCACGCCAUGUUAGGUAAGGGCUGGCGGAAUUUGAUAAAUCCUUUGGUCGCGGCACAGAAUUUCGAGUACAAGAUCUCCAAUAUUCUUGAUAAACCGCUCGAGAGCUCCUUUGGAUACGUCACUGUGUUGCCCGGUGCCUUCUCCGCUUACCGUUAUCGCGCCAUCAUGGGUCGUCCCCUCGAACAGUACUUCCAUGGUGAUCAUACCCUUUCAAAACAGCUUGGAAAGAAGGGUAUCGAAGGCAUGAACAUCUUCAAAAAGAACAUGUUCCUUGCUGAGGAUCGUAUUCUGUGUUUCGAACUUGUCGCCAAGGCCGGAUUUAAGUGGCAUCUGACCUAUGUCAAGGCCUCUAAGGGUGAGACUGAUGUGCCGGAGGGUGUUGCUGAAUUCAUCGGUCAGAGACGUCGUUGGUUAAACGGUUCCUUUGCCGCCAGUCUGUAUGCUAUCAUGCAUUUCACUCGUAUCUACAAGAGUGGACAUAACAUUCUCCGCUUGUUCUUCCUUCACAUUCAGUUUCUCUACCAAGUUGUGGGUCUCAUCAUGACCUGGUUCUCUCUCGCUUCAUUUUGGUUGACUACAUCUGUUAUUCUGGAUCUUGUCGGUACGCCGAGUGAUUCGAAUAAGCACAAGGGAUGGCCAUUUGGUAAUGAAGCUUCGCCUAUCGUGAACAAUUUCUUGAAAUACGGCUAUGUUUUCUUCCUAAUGCUCCAGUUCAUUUUGGCGCUUGGUAAUCGGCCUAAAGGUUCUACCCUUUUCUACACCCUCUCCUUCAUGUACUUCUCCCUGGUUCAAACGUACAUUAUGGUAAACUCGUUCUAUCUGGUUGCCAAUGCCUUCAUGGGAGGCACCCUUGAUUUCGAUACGAGCCAAGGUGUUGGCACCUUCCUCAAAACCUUCUUCAGCUCUUCCGGUGCCGGUAUUGUCCUGAUUGCCUUGGUCUCGACAUACGGUGUCUACUUUGUUGCCAGUUUCUUGUACAUGGAUCCCUACCACAUGUUCACAUCCUCUUGGGCCUACUUCACUGGAAUGACGUGCUCGAUUAACAUCCUCAUGGUUUACGCCUUCUGUAACUGGCACGACGUCUCCUGGGGUACCAAGGGAUCUGAUAAGAGCGAGGCGCUGCCCGUGGCGCAAACCAAGAAGGAGAAAGAGGACGACAAGUCCAACUUCAUCGAAGAAGUUGACAAACCGCAGGCCGAUAUUGAUAGCCAAUUCGAGGCCACUGUCAAGCGUGCGCUGGCGCCGUUCGUUCCACCGGAAGAGGAGAACGAGAAGAGCAUGGAUGACUCGUACAAGGCCUUCCGAACCAACCUCGUUCUUAUCUGGAUCUUCAGCAACUUGAUUGUGGUGCUUCUCAUCACCGCGACCGGUGUCGAUCGUUUCUGUCUAACCAACACGUCGACGACGCGGACAGCCGGUUACUUCUCGUUCGUUCUGUGGACCACCGCAGGCUUGUCGCUCUUCCGGUUCAUCGGAUCUGUUUGGUUCCUUGGCAAGUCCGGAAUUCUUUGCUGUGUCUCCCGUCGCUAG